CUGGAAGUCGUGAUCAAGGGGAAAAUUCCGUGUUGUGCUGUGGAUGCGGGACUGAUGAGUAAAAGAGAUACUGUAUGUUCCGUCUCCCGUGUUGUUUGCGCAGAGGGCUGAUUGAUCGCGAGAGAGACUAUGUGGAAAGUGGGUCGGUUCCUGUGCCCCUGCUGGCUGCAGAGGUUCAACAAGAACCCGUGGAAACUGCUGAUCGCCGUGGUUGCCUGGGCGAGCCUGGCUGGGAUCGCCUACGUGGAAUACGGGUCCCGGUCGGACCCGGUCUUGCCCGUGUCCAAUGUCAACGGGCGCCUGUUGCUGCAGAAAGUCGUGGAGACGAAACCCACCCCGACUCCCACUACUCCCAUGAUUUUGGGCGGCAAGUCCCUCGUUGACCUCGAACCGGCCAUCGGGAAGGCGUCGAGUGACAAAGACCUCGCCGACGAGAUGAUCGCCAAGUACCCGCACCUCCCCGUCGACUUUUGGCUCAUGACCAAGGGCAAGACGAGCCAGUACGGCCUGAACAAGACCUGCGGGGUCUUGCCCGCCAUGUACGACCUCGUGUUCAACAACAUGUACUGGCAAACCCUCAAGACCAACAACGGCACCUUCUACCUCUACUCGGCCUUCUACGACGACCGACCCCUGGUGAAGCUCAAGCCCGUCGUCCGCGUCGUCGGCAUGAUCGACAAAGUGAAACCCACCGUGAAAACCUACUGCCAACUCUGGUUCCCGGGCACGAAGAAGCCCCUGGUGGUGCCCGUGAUUGAGUACAAGCACAUGUGGGUAUGCAAGUGGGGCAAUUGUCGCCAGGGGCUCUUGCAGCCGUACCUGAUUGCGUGCAAGAUACCCAACAAUUCCCCGUUGGUGGACAAAGUGCCGGAAGCCGUGUCGUUGGUGGAGAAACCCUGCGAAACGGCGACGAAUAUGCUGAAGGUGAUUUACAACAAAGUGCCGGAGCCCGAGAAGAAGGGAUUCGCGGUGUGUGUCAAAGGGCUGGACUUUUUGCACGACGACUUGUCGGUGCGGUUCGUCGAGUGGAUCGAGUUGCUCAACAUCCUGGGCGCCGAUAAGAUUUUCAUGUACGAGCUCGCCGUGCAUCCCAACAUCUCCAAAGUACUCAGGUACUACGAACAAAAAGGCUUGGUCGACCUGACGCCUUUGACGCUGCCCGGCGGCCAGCCCAACAUCCCGGGCUUCAUGCACAUGUACUUGAAGACCAAAGUGAGCCACAAGCGCCAGAACGAGAUCAUCCCCUACAACGACUGCCUGUACAAGAACAUGUACCGCUACAAGUACCUGGCCCUCCUGGACACUGACGAAGUCAUCAUGCCCGUCAACGAGAUGUCCUGGAAGGACCUGAUGGACAAACACGUGAUCCCCGAGUCCCUCGCGGCGAAGAACGAGUCGCGGGCCUCGUACAACGUGCGCAACGUGUACUUUCUCGACGACUUGUUGCACGAGCACGGCUGGUACCGGGACAUGCCCAAGUACAUGCACAUGUUGCAGCACGUGCAGCGGACGUACAACUUCACCAAGGCUGGCCAGUUUGUCAAGUGUUUCCAUAAUCCCGAGCGCGUGUUGACGCUGCACAACCACUUUCCCCUGGCGUGUCUGGAAAAGGCCUGUACGUCGUAUUCCAUCCCGACGCAUUUGGCGCAAUUGCAGCAUUAUCGCGCCGACUGCGUCAAGCAGCUCAAGAAGACCUGCGAGGACCUGAAGAAUCACACGGUGACGGACACCAACAUCUGGAAGUUCAAGGACGAGCUGGUGCGAAGAACCACCCGAACACUGCUGGACUUGGACUUCUUCAAGACGUAUCCGCUGGGUUCGGGCACAGGAAACGACAUCUCGAUACGGAACUGAAACUUUCCUGACGUAAUUCGAGUCACACAAAAAUCAUUGAUGAUUUAUGAGGGAAAAAAAACGAAGACGUCGGAAGUUCUUCCUGCUUCCGCGUUCGCGUCUCGUUGUGAUGACACUCGGGCAGAAUCGCUGGCUGCAAUGUGUAUUCUAGGACUCACUCGAUGACGACAGGAUCAAGAAAGGCAUCUUUCUCAGAUUAUUUCGCACUCUGUGAUAACGGGAAAAAACGACAGUUUUUUUUUUUUUUUUUGGCAUCGUCCCCAGCAUGAGUGAGGGUCACGUCCAACCCGUUGACGUCCAUGACCUAGAUUAGCGGUUUUUUUUUCAAAGAGCCCUCAAGGCAUCGACAUUUUCCCGGACAAAUGAAAGGUGAACCAUUUUCACUGAAUUUGGCUGAUUUACUGGUACUUUUUUCCUAUUAUUCCUGGGAUUUUCUGACUGACAGACGCCCAGGCAGAGUAAUUUGAAAAGCAGUAAAAUCUCGUUACAACGAAGCCAUUUCGACCAGUAAAAUAGCUUCGUUACCGAUAAAAAUGCGUUAAAUGUGAACUAGAAAAAAUCCAAUUUUUGGUUAGAGACCCAAAAAACGGAUUCGUUUUAGUCUUUUAUUCGUUAUAACGAGAUUCGUCGCCAUUUCGACCAAUAAAUGGCUUCGUUAUCAUGCAAAAAUUCGUUAUAAGCUAACUCAAAAAAUUGCAGUUAUUGGUGUGUGACUUAAAAAACGAAUUCGUUGAACUGUACUCGAUUUUUCGUUGUAACGA